UCUGCAACUAAGCAUGGAUGAGGAUAAGAGCACAAAGAGCAAUAAGGAAGAAAGAAGCGACGGUGAAGUCAAAUACAGAGGCGUUCGAAGGCGGCCGUGGGGUAAAUUUGCGGCGGAGAUACGCGACUCCACCAGACAUGGAGCGCGGGUUUGGCUUGGAACUUUUAAAACGGCAGAGGAAGCAGCAAGAGCUUAUGACCGAGCCGCUUAUGCAAUGAGAGGGCAGUUUGCGAUUCUUAACUUCCCUAAUGAGUAUCCUCUUACAAGCACAGCUGGUGCUGGCGCUUCUUCUUCUUCAUCUUCUUCUGCUCCUCCUCCUCCUCCUCCUUCUUCUUCAGCAAUGACAAGGCAAGUUUUUGAGAUAGAGUAUUUGGAUGAUAAGUUACUGGAAGAGAUGCUUGAGACAGAAGAGCAAAAGAACAAGAAAAAGUAAUGAAGUUAAAAUUAUCAAAAACCCAUAAUGUAAGAUGUUUCUGCUUUGUUGCAACAAAAAUAUACAAAUGGUUUCUGUCUCUUGCACAUUAGAUUACCAUAAGACAUUACUACACGGGGAAAGAGUUAUCUACACCGCAUGCAUGGCCACAUCUAUAUCCAACCACUCACAUACGGUAUUUUGGUUCAAACAGGGGCAAUUUUGAUAAUAUAUUGGGAAAAAAAUGAUAAAAUGGUAACAUUUUUUUAAGACCCUAUUUUUUAAUUGGCUUGGUGUACAAGACCACACAUACAUCAGUUGUAAGAAAUUUUUAUCUUUGCUAUAUAAUUAAACUUUAUAUAAGUUUUUUUCACUUAUCAUACUUUAGUUAAAUUUGAGUGUAACAGAAUGUCUGAUGGCUAGAGUCUAGUCUUGAAUAUAUCUAGUUUUUUCCUAGCAUUUUUAGUUA